CCUCCUCCCGCUCCUCCCGCUCCGGCUCCUGCUCCGUGCAGCCGCCGCCGCCGCCGCAGCCUCCCGCUCCGCACGGGGGAACUACGCUGCUCUCGGCGAUCGCCUCCCCCACCGACUCCCGGGCCGGCCCCCAGCGCCGGCCCGCCCCGCCCGCGGCCGUCCUCCCAGCUCGUGCCGCGGCGCCUCGGGAAGUUUAUUCCGCCCGCCCUCCUCCCCUUCCUCCUCCGCCUCCUUCUCCUCUUCACCCCGCCUCCCCGCCCUCCCUCGGCUCUGUCCCCGCGGUGGCUGCCGCUGCCGCCGCCGCCGCUGCCGCGCUGCUCCUCGGCCAGCCGCGCCGGUCCGCGGGCUGGAAAGCGCCUGGCUCCGCGCCCCGCGCCGCUGCAGCCGCCGCUCGGGGCCGCCGCCGGCCCUCGGCCCCGCAGAGUUCCGGGCUCCCUCGCCGGCUGCACCGCCCCGCCCCGCGCCCGCCGGGGCAGCGCGCCCCGCGCCGCGCCGCGCCGACCUGCAGCGCCCGGCUGGCUCGCGCUCCGCCUCCCCCGGCUCAGCCCCGAGCCGCGGCGGGACCAGAGCGUCCUGUCUUCUGACUGAAAGAAUCCCAUCUCAGCGAUAUUCAGCUCACUUCCCAGCUCCAAUGGAGAGCAGUUUCCAGGCGCUUUAUCAUGCAGUUGAGGAAGACUGCUUCGUUCACACCACAGAUACCUAAAUAAGUUUGGUAUGACGCCAGAGCCGGCUUUGGGCAUACAGGAGGAUGUUGGAUGCAGGGGUCCCUACUGUGAAGAAGCUCCCCAUAGAAGCUUUGCUAAUAUCUAUUGGUCUAGUGGUCUAGUGAAGCGCCGAGUCACUUGUGAGCCUCGCCUUGGAGCUCCUGGGGAUUUCUCAUUGUUCCAGGAGAUUCCAGGCGCGCGCCUCCCUCCCCACGUCCCUGGUGAACUAAUGAGCGAAGCUCUGCACAAGAGCACAGCGCUUGAAGGGCGGCAGGAAGAUAUGACCUGGAACCAGCUCUAAGGUAGCUGCGUCAGCUUCCCCAGGAGCUCAGAGCAGCAUUGCUGGAACCAGCAGUAGAGCCAUUUCAACAAAUCACCUCUUUUAAUGCUCUUCGGCAGAGAUCAAAUCUACACGGGCUGUAAGUUGUACAAUGGUAGAUGGAGUGAUGAUUCUUCCUGUGCUAAUGAUGAUGGCUUUCCCUUCCCCAAGUAUGGAAGACACAACCUCUUCAAUGUGUUAGAUGAGAAGCCCAAGGUGAACCCCAAACUGUACAUGUGUGUGUGUGAAGGCCGCUCCUGUGGGAACGAGGACCACUGCGAAGGCCAGCAGUGCUUCUCCUCACUGAGCAUAAACGAUGGUUUCCACGUCUACCAGAAAGGCUGCUUCCAGGUCUACGAGCAGGGGAAGAUGACCUGUAAGACCCCGCCAUCGCCUGGCCAGGCCGUGGAGUGCUGCCAGGGGGACUGGUGCAACAGGAACAUCACGGCCCAGCUGCCCACUAAAGGGAAAUCCUUUUCUGGAACACAGAAUUUUCACUUGGAGGUCGGCCUCAUCAUUCUGUCUGUAGUGUUCGCAGUAUGCCUUCUAGCUUGCCUACUGGGAGUCGCUCUCCGAAAAUUUAAAAGGCGCAACCAAGAACGCCUCAAUCCCAGAGAUGUGGAGUACGGCACCAUCGAAGGGCUCAUCACCACCAAUGUUGGAGACAGCACUUUAGCAGAUUUACUGGAUCACUCGUGUACGUCGGGAAGCGGCUCUGGCCUUCCUUUUCUGGUUCAGAGAACAGUGGCUCGUCAGAUCACACUGCUGGAGUGUGUUGGGAAAGGCAGGUAUGGUGAGGUGUGGAGGGGCAGCUGGCAAGGGGAGAAUGUUGCUGUGAAGAUCUUCUCCUCCCGGGAUGAGAAGUCGUGGUUCAGGGAAACAGAAUUGUACAACACUGUGAUGCUGAGGCAAGAAAAUAUUUUAGGUUUCAUUGCUUCAGACAUGACAUCAAGACACUCCAGUACCCAGUUGUGGUUGAUCACACAUUACCAUGAAAUGGGGUCACUGUAUGACUAUCUCCAGCUUACUACUCUGGAUACGGUUAGCUGCCUGAGAAUAGUGCUGUCCAUUGCUAGUGGUCUCGCACAUUUGCACAUAGAGAUAUUUGGGACCCAAGGGAAACCAGCCAUUGCUCAUCGAGAUUUGAAAAGCAAAAACAUCCUGGUGAAGAAGAAUGGACAGUGUUGCAUAGCAGAUUUGGGCCUGGCAGUCAUGCAUUCCCAGAGCACCAAUCAGCUGGACGUGGGGAACAACCCACGCGUAGGCACCAAGCGCUACAUGGCCCCUGAAGUCCUGGAUGAAACCAUCCAGGUGGACUGCUUUGAUUCUUACAAGAGAGUCGAUAUUUGGGCUUUCGGACUUGUCUUGUGGGAAGUGGCCAGGCGGAUGGUGAGCAACGGUAUUGUGGAAGAUUACAAGCCACCAUUCUAUGAUGUGGUUCCCAAUGACCCAAGUUUUGAAGAUAUGAGGAAGGUGGUCUGUGUGGAUCAACAGAGGCCAAACAUACCCAACAGAUGGUUCUCAGACCCGACAUUAACUUCUCUGGCCAAGCUGAUGAAAGAAUGCUGGUAUCAAAAUCCGUCCGCAAGACUCACAGCUCUGCGUAUCAAAAAGACUUUGACCAAAAUUGAUAAUUCCCUAGACAAAUUGAAAACUGACUGUUGACGUUUUCAUGGUGUCAAGAAGGAAGAUUUGACGUUGUCGUCAUUGUCCAGCUGGGACCUAAUGCUGGCCUGACUGGUUGUCAGACCGAAUCCGUCUGUCUCCCUCCCCAGGUGGCUGCUUCGACAAGGCAGACAUCUCACCCAGCCACGUGUUGGGGAGACACCAAAACCACCCUAACCUCGCUCAAUGACUGUGAACUGGGCAUUUCACAACUGUUCACACCGCAGAGACUGAUGUUGGACGGACACUGUUGCAAAGGUAGGGAACUGGAGGAACACAGAGAAAUCCUAAGAGAGAUCUGGGCAUUAAGACAGUGGCUUUGCCUAUCUUUCACAAGUCUCCUAGACACUCCCCACGGGAAAUUCAAGGAGGUGGUGAAUUUUUAAUCAGCAAUAUUGCCUGUGCUUCUCUUCUGUAUUGCACUAGGAAUUCUUUGCAUUCCUUACUUGCACUGUUACUCUUAAUUUUAAAGAUCCAACUUGCCAAAACAUUGGCUGCAUACUCCAUUGGUCUGUCUUUGGAUAAUAGGAAUUCAAUUUGGCAAAACAAAAUGUAAUGUCAGACUUUGCUGCAUUUUACACAUGUGCUGAUGUUUACAAUGAUGCUGAACAUUAGGAAUUGUUUAUACACAACUUUGCAAAUUAUUUAUUACUUGUGCACAGAGCAGUUUUUACAAAACUGUUCUGUGCAUACGUUAAAGCUUAUUUUUAUGUGGUCUUAUGAUUUUAUUACCGAAAUGUUUUUAACACUAUACUCUGAAAUGGACAUUUUCUUUUAUCCUCAGUUAAAUUCACAUUUUAAGUGCUUCACAUUUGUAUGUGUGUAGACUGUAACUUUUUUUCAGUUCAUAUGCAGAACGUAUUUAGCCAUUACCCAUGUGACACCACUGAAUAUAUUACUGAUUUAGAAGCAAAGAUUUCAGUAGAAUUUUAGUCCUGAACGCUGUGGGGAAAAUGCAUUUUCUUCGGAAUUAUCCAUUAUGUGCAUUUAAACUCUGCCAGAAAAAAAAAUAACUAUUUUGUUUUAAUCUACUUUUUGUAUUUAGUAGUUAUUUGUAUAAAUUAAAUAAAAUGUUUUCAAGUCAA